GGAAGCCGUCUCGGGUACUCCGCCCUCCCCACUGGCAGCCAGCCGCGGCAUUGCUUAAGAAACCCGGCGGCAAGCGGGGAUGGCGGCUGUGGCUUCGGCUGCCAGGUGGCUGUUCAGCCUCAGGGCGGCAGGGGCUGAGGGGCACUGGCGUCGGCUCUGUGGCGCGGGCCUGGCGCGGGGCUUUCUGCACCCCACCGUGACUGGCGAGGAUGCGGCCCAGAGGCGGCAGGUGGCUCAUUUCACUUUCCAGCCGGACCCGGAGCCCCGGGAGUACGGGCAAACUCAGAAAAUGAAUCUUUUCCAGUCAAUAACAAGUGCCUUGGAUAACUCACUGGCCAAAGAUCCUACUGCAGUAAUAUUUGGUGAAGAUGUUGCCUUUGGUGGAGUCUUUAGAUGCACUGUUGGCUUGCGAGACAAAUAUGGAAAAGAUAGAGUUUUUAAUACCCCAUUGUGUGAACAAGGAAUCGUUGGAUUUGGAAUUGGAAUUGCAGUUACUGGAGCUACUGCCAUUGCAGAAAUUCAGUUUGCAGAUUAUAUUUUCCCUGCAUUUGAUCAGAUUGUUAAUGAAGCUGCCAAGUAUCGCUAUCGCUCUGGGGAUCUUUUUAACUGUGGAAGCCUCACUAUCCGAUCCCCUUGGGGCUGUGUUGGCCAUGGGGCUCUGUACCAUUCUCAAAGUCCUGAAGCAUUUUUUGCCCAUUGUCCAGGAAUCAAGGUGGUUAUACCCAGAAGCCCUUUCCAGGCCAAAGGACUUCUUUUGUCAUGCAUAGAGGAUAAAAAUCCUUGUAUAUUUUUUGAACCUAAAAUACUUUACAGGGCAGCAGUGGAACAGGUUCCUGUAGAAUCGUACAACAUCCCACUGUCCCAGGCUGAAGUCAUACAGGAAGGGAGUGACGUUACGCUGGUUGCCUGGGGCACUCAGGUUCAUGUAAUUCGGGAGGUAGCUUCCAUGGCAAAAGAAAAGCUUGGAGUGUCUUGUGAAAUUAUUGAUCUUAGGACUAUAAUACCUUGGGAUGUGGACACAGUUUGUAAGAGCAAAGAGUCAAUCCUCUAAUUAUCUGGAACUUCUAUGAACCAGCAUUCAAUAAAAAAAUUGCUAAGUAGAUGAAGAGACAGGAAUAUUUGAUCAAUAGCAAAGAGGAAACAAACAAAAAAAGAAACAGCUGAUCCAGCUAUUGGAGUUAGUAGACAAGGACAUCUUGAUUGUUAUGCUUAGGAAUAUAGAGAAAAGAAGGAACAAAAGAGGUAAGAG